AGAGCGCGCUCAGUCUGCCGAGCGACUUCGCGGCGAACGGACGUGUGUUGUGUAUUUGUAUCUCGAAGGAUCGGUUCUCGUCCGGCCACAAGUUUCACGUUUCUCCAAGGAGCCCCCCCACUGGCCUUAUCCAAAGUAGGAGUUCUAAAAGAAGCUGGUUUCACAAAGAUACAAUGGGCGGCAUGACGCAGAGACCGUGGACCCCGACCAAGAGGAGAGGACCCAUCGCCGCCGAAUUCGGCAGUCCUGGGCCAGCUUGCGUCACUUUACCACCGAUGACUGGCAAGCCCGUGUCGGAGUCUAAGCGAGGCAGGGCGCCGGCGUUUUCGUUCGGUAGCAGGCACAGCAACAAGAACGAGAGUCCUGGUCCGGGUCCUGGACAGUACAACGUCUCAGGUCUCAGUGCAAAGGGAAAGGACGUCGCACCUGCCGCCUCCUUGCACGGGAGGACGAAAUCCGCGAAACAAGAGUACACUCCUGCACCUGGUGACUAUAAUCCUGAGAAAGCUGUGAAGAUCAUCGCCGACAGCUCGCCAAAAUACUCCUUCGGCAUCAAGACCCAUACCGAGAAGACCAGCACCACACCUGCUCCUGGAGAUUAUGUCCCCGAAAGCGUGAAUCUGGGAAAAGCUCCCGAGUACAGUUUUGGGAUAAAAUCGGUGUUGGAUAAGCCGAGCGAAGUCCCUGCACCCGGUAGUUACUGUCCGGAGAAAGUGAAUCUGGACAAGGCUCCGCAAUUUUCAUUUGGCGUGAAAAGACCUUCGGAAAAGCCGAACGACACGCCCGCACCUGGCACGUACUGUCCGGAGAAGGUAACCCUUGACAAAGCACCGCAAUUUAGUUUUGGCCUUAGAACGUCCAUCGACAAGCCCAACGAGACGCCAGCACCUGGGACCUAUUGUCCAGAAAAAACGAACCUUGACAAGGGUCCUCAGUACAGUUUAAGCGGUAAAGGAGCUCCAGAAAAACCGAACGAUGUGCCAGCGCCAGGCACCUAUUCUCCGGAAAAGGUGAAUCUGAACAAAACGCCGCAGUACAGUUUCGGGGUGAAAGCUUCACUCGAUAAGCCUAUCGACACCCCAGCUCCUGGCGAUUACGCCCCGGAGAAGUUCAACCUGAACAAGGGUCCAGAAUUCAGCCUGAGUGGAAAAGGAAAUCCUGAAAAAUGUAACGACGUCCCAGCGCCAGGCACGUACAGCCCUGAGAAAUUCAACCCCGAUAAAGGACCUCAGUACAGUUUAUCCGGGAAAGGGAUGGCCUCAAAACCGAACGAGAAUCCAGGGCCCGAUGCGUACAGUCCUGAGAAAUUCAACCCCGAUAAAGGACCACAGUACAGUUUAUCCGGGAAAGGGAUGGUCUCAAAACCGAACGAGAAUCCAGGACCCGACGCGUACAGUCCUGAGAAAUUCAACCCCGAUAAAGGACCUCAGUACAGUUUAUCCGGGAAAGGGAUGGUCUCAAAACCAAACGAGAAUCCAGGACCCGAUGCGUACAGUCCUGAGAAAUUCAACCCCGAUAAAGGACCUCAGUACAGUUUAUCCGGGAAAGGAAUGGCCUCGAAACCGAACGAGAAUCCAGGCCCGGGUCGAUACUAUCCCGAGAAAGUAGAUCUGGGACAUAAACCUUAUUACAGCUUUGGUAAAAGGACGCCACUGUAUAAGGCUAGCGAUACCCCAGCACCUGGAACUUAUUCCCCGGAAAAGGUGAAUCUGGACCAUUCACCUCAGUACAGCUUCGGUAUAAAACCAGCUGGUGAGAAACCGAACGGUGUCCCAGCUCCUGGCACCUAUUCCCCUGAAAAGGUGAAUUUAGAUAGAGGUCCGCAGUUUAGUUUAAGCGGAAAAGGACCGGCGGAGAAGCCGAACGAUAUCCCAGGACCUGGAGAUUACAGCCCGGAGAAAGCCAUGAUGCUGCUCGAGAAAGCUUUCCAAUUUACUUUCGGGUUUAGACCCCCCAUGGACCGAUAUAACGAUGCCCCAGCUCCUAAUGUCUACACCAUCCCCUCGGCCCUGGGAGGCACCAAGGAGAGCGACAAGAAGACCGCGCCUGCAUACUCGAUUUCCGGAAGACAGAAGGUCUUCACCGACGAUCGCGUUCUGGUUCCUGGACCUGGUUCCUACGAAGCUGUGAAACCGGAUGCUGUUAGGGCGAAGAGUCCUGCUUACAGCAUCAGCGCUCGUUUCCAGCUACCCAGUGAUCAGUCCAAGAUCCCUGGACCUGGGGCACAUUGCCCUGAAAAGGUCCAGUUAGACAUCCCUCCAGCUCACACCUUCGGCAUCAGGCACUCCCCUUACGCCUGCAACUUAAAAGACACGGUAUAUUGAUUUAAAUCCUAGACAAAGACGUUCUGCGACGCAUGACGGAAUAUAUCAUCCACCUUUGCGUGACCUUAACUGGUUAUUAGGAACAUGGAAAUUCCAGGGAUCUCGGGUUAAUUCUUUUUUCUUAUACCUCCUACGUUUCAUUUUAAACUAUCGAACGUGUAGACGAACGCGAAGAGACCGUUUGUGGGGAAUAGGUGAAAUCGCUCUGGAAAAACGCUUUGAGGACUUUUGCUGAAUCCUAACGCUCUAUUUAGCAGGAAACAAGGUUCACCUUUAAAGACGCACUUUUUAGUUCACGAAGACAGUUCUUUGACGUGGAAAGACGGCAAGUUGUGACAAUUUGUUACGUUAGGAUAAGGUUUCUACGGUGUUACCCUAUAAGUAGGAUACGUGAAUUUCUGGUGUACACUUUCGUGAACUUUAAUCAUCGUAUUAAACUUGUAGGAUCAGGUA